AUACACUGUGGGUUACGGUUUCGUUAUCCACCCGGAAGCACUGCACGCUCCCGCGCUCGCCCCUCUGCCGCCUUCUUCUGGAACACAGCAGGAGUUUCACUUCUGGCUGCAUACGGGCAACAACCUAUUAACCGUUCACGGAUAACUGAUUCGGAUUAAGAAAGCGCCGAAGUGUAUUCUCGCUACCGUAAACGCAGCACGAGAGGCGCGUGCACAGACCGCAGUGACACAUCAGUGGUCGCGUGCUGCUGUGUGGCUGUCGUCGGGCUCCGGAGCUUCUGUUACAAUGACGGAAUACUUCAGCCUGGCGGACAGUGAUGUUAUCGGCUUCGACCUGGACCACACGCUGUGCCGCUACCACCUGAAGGAGACCUCCAGGCUGAUCUAUGAGAGCUUUGCCAGGUAUCUGGUGGAGCAUAAAGGCUAUGACAAGGACCUGCUGAACCUCACUCCUGCUACCUGGGACUUCUGUUUCAAAGGACUCGUGGUGGAUCUGGAGGAUGGAAACCUUGUGAAGCUGGCUGAAGAUGGAACCGUCUUGCGAGCGACACAUGGAACCAAUGACCUCAGCACGGAAGACAUCAUUAAACAUUAUGGUCCUAAGAGGGAGUGGGGGCAUUUCAACAGCCUCAAUACCACCUUCACAAGAUCCGCAAAAUACUAUUUCUAUGACAACUACUUUGACCUGCCAGGGGCUCUCCUCUGCGGAAGAGUUGUGGACAUGUUGCAUAAGCGAGGAAACGAGGUGAAUUCCGACUUUUGGAAAGACAUGGUUGCUGCCAUCGACCACAAUUAUAAAACAUCUGCCUUCAAAGAAGAUGCUGGGACGUACUUCCCCAGUAUGAAGAGGGACCCGGGCCGGUACCUGCAGCCCUGCUCGGACUCCGUCAAGACCUGGCUGCGCAGCAUGAAGAGCGCCGGGAAGGUCCUCCUCCUCAUCACCAGCUCCCACAGUGACUACUGCAGGCUGAUCUGUGAACACAUCCUGGGGAAGGACUUCGAGGAGCUGUUUGAGGUCAUCAUCACCAACGCUCUCAAGCCAGGCUUCUUCUCCUUGGUGCCCGAGCAGAGGCCCUUCAGGACCCUUGUGAACGAUGUGGAGGAGAGCGAGGGGCUGCCGUCGCUGGAUAAACCCGGCUGGUACUCCCAGGGAAACUGGCCGCACCUCCACGAGCUGCUGAAGACCAUGACGGGCAAACCUGAGCCCAAGGUCGUGUAUUUUGGAGAUAGCAUGAGGUCGGAUAUGUUCCCUGCCAGCAGCUUUGGGAAGUGGGAGACAGUGAUGAUCGUGGAGGAAAUGGAGGGGGAGGGCGUCCCGAAGAGUGACGCGGCGAAGUGUAAUGAGGCCCAAGUGGAGCCGCUGGAGAAAAAGGGAAAGUUUGAGGAGCAGGGCAUGAAGGCUCCGUCUGACGUGUCCCAGCAGUGGGGCUCCUACUUCGUGGACUCACAAGGCAGCGGAGGGGGGGGCGAGGAGAGCCAGAAACUGACCUGGUGCUGCCACUGCAUCCACAAAUACAGCACCAUGGCCAUCCCCAGUGUGGAGCACAUAGCAGAUCUCCCUCUGGAUUACAAGUUCCCCAGGUUUUCUCCGGACAAGCCCUGCACCACGGGCUACUACCCCCGGCCCCCGGAUUCUUUGCUGAAGAGGUGCGAGAGUCUGUCAUAAAAAAAGAAAAGAGGGAAAAAGUAAAAAAAAAAAAAGUAAAAGUCCUCCCUUGCCCCUCGCCUCAGGAGAGGAAUGUCAGUUCCCCACCUGACCCCCGCCAUCUGUGGAGCACAGGAAGCACCCCCCCCCCAUUCAGAGAAACCAUGUGAAUGUAAGCCACAGUAUCUCUGUAAUAACGCCGACAUUUCAACGUGGUUUUGUGGUUUAGUGUUUGUGGAAAUACGACAAUUAAAGUGUGUCUGCAUUCAGUAGUAAUAGGAAGUGUAGUGUUUAUUGUUUUAUGUGUGAGGCCAUUAUUAUUUCCAAUGGUAGAUUGUUUUAAAAUCUGAAUUCAAUAAGCUUUUCCAUAAUAAAGUGAACAUUUGACCGUCUCUUUAUCAGUGAAGUGAUUACCUCAAAACGUUACCUUCGUCAGCUGUACCCAGACUGUCACUGUGUUUGUCCCUGAAAUUCCUUCGGAGUCAUUGUGUCAGUAUUUCUGUUAAUGUGAAGUACUUUCUAAAAAUAGUUUCACUGUAUGAAUUUUGGUAACACAACGUUAGGUUUAUGGUCUGCUGUUUCCCUGUGUGAGUCUCGUGGAAGGUGUUAAUAUUCAGGUCAUUGUUGCUGAACAACUGGCACAAUGCUGCUCUCUGUGUUGGCUGUUUCUAAAACACAACUUUGGGAAACUUUUCAAAAUAAUAAUCAUAAUAAUAAUGGAUGAUAAAGACUAUGCUAGAUGUUCUCUGUAUUAUUUUUGGUGCAACAGUGACAUGUGCUAUUUGAGUGAUUGUGUAAGAUGUUGACUACUUGUGCUUCAUUCAUAUGCAGUACUACAUGGAGAUAUACUUACCGACGUCUGAAUGGUGGUUUGGUCGGUGUGCAUAGAUAAGUUGUGCCAUAAUAUUGAACAAAAGAAUGUGGAGGUUUGCUUGUUUCUUUAGAUCACUGACAAUUGGUUUCACAUUUGCCUCUGUGCUCUGGGAAAUGUUUAGCCUAGCUUAGCACUGGACCACUGUUAGCCUCAGUCAGGAAAAUACAACUUGUAACAAAUACAAUGAAAUGUUAUGCCCUAUGUAGAUAGCUUGUCAAAAAACAAACAUGCGAGAACUCCAAGAGUCAGUUUGGUUUAUUUGACAGAGUCAGGGGUGUGGGCAGAUAAAGGGUUAUCACUGCGUUCAUAGUAACUGAGAACUACACAGGGACUCAGGUGUUCAACAGCAGGCUGGUUUGCUAAGGGGCCGGCCAGUGACCUAUUUCCUCUUGUUAGUUUCAGAGAGAUCACAACUAGGGUGGUCAGGUGUCGGCAGGUCACAUGUGGGACAAAGAGUGUGUUUGUGCGGGACAAUGAGGGAGAUGUUACUGCGAUGCUAAGAGCUAGUAUAGAUUUGAAUAUAAUGUCCAUCUAACCCUUAAAAAUAAAAAUGUCUAUUGAAACUAUUAAUAUUAUAUUGUAAUAUUAAUUACACCGCUUUACUAUAGGUUGAUUUGUUUGAACAAAAUAUGCAAGUAAAUGUAUGAUGGCGGGUGCUGCAGUGUGUACAUUUGUUAUUUCUGCUGCUGUUACCUUCUCUGUUUGGUAAUCAUCGUUUGGUUUUUCUUUAUGAGCCUGGUAUUGUGAGUUUCGCAUGUAGUUAAAAUCGUAUUCACCUCCAUGCGCGACUGGAAAAAAACCUCCAACUUACUGUGGGAAUCGCCCUUCAUAGGCUUCACUCAUUGGUAAAUACAUAUUUUGUUGCUUGAUUGACAUCUGACUCAGCUAAUGGUGAUAGUUCUCUUUUGGUUUCUAACAACCAUUGGAUAAAAGCCACGUUUGGACUUUCUGAGCGACUGUCAAUCUAAUGCUGGACAUAGUCUCAAUUUGUCUGUUGGUCAACCUUUUUUAAAUGUAUUUCAUUAACAAUACAACAUGUAAAUAAAACCAGUUCGAUCGAUUUUUCUUAGAGGUUUCGAUGGAGCCUGACUGGCUUCUUGGCUAGCUGCUAGCUUGUUUGCUAUACAUGUUCUUUUAGCCUUUGUGCUAAGCUCGGCUAAACAUCCCAACCCUAUGAUGAACACACAGAGGUCAAUUCCUCAUCUGGCUCUGAGGAGGUCACCAAACAAGAGAAUUUCCCAAAUGUCCUUUUUACAUGGCCAUCCUCUCACAAACUAGAAAGAAGCAGCACACAGCUUCAGUGUGUGUGAGGCCGGUCGUCCAGAGUGAGUAUUACUUUGCUGAGUGUGCAAAUGUUUUGUGCAUACAGCUGUGGUGAUUGUACUUUUCUUUCCUCACCUGAACAGGAACAUUUGACAUGCACAUUUGCCUUAUGUUGGAGUCAUUUGUGGUCUUAAGUUCUUGGAAAACACAGGGAAAGGUACAUUCUGUGUUCAAGUGUUGAAGUACUGUCAAUGAAAUAAAAUGUUCAACAAUUUUCUUACA